CCACGUUCGCUGAGCAUGCCGGGUCCAUCGCCCCAGCCGCUCCUCCGCGUCUGUCCCGCUCAAUCUUCCUUGUCCCGCGGCCUCCAGUCGGAGGAAUGCACGACAAUAGGUGGAACUCUAUUUACACCUCCUUAGUCAUUCUCGUUCCAGUCGGGGUGUCCCUAAAGCCCGUCUCACCUGUGCAAAUAAAACGGCGCACGAGUUAGCGGCUCCGUGGACCAGGAGAGCGCGCGACAAGCCGGAAGUGACGCGCGCCGUGCCCGCGUAUUCCCGCCCUGCCCUUCGCCUGCCGGUCGGUGGCGGGAACUGGGGCGACCGUGCUGACGGCGGUGAGUCCUUCUGCUGCCUAGAAGAAAGUUUACCUGAACGUUAAUAGUCGUUACCUUCUGGGGUGAAGUAACGAUGCAGGCUUUUCUAAAAGGCACAUCUGUCAGUACUAAACCGUCACUGAAGGAUCGAGGAGUAGCUGCCACAGCUGGAAGCAGUGGAGAGAACAAGAAAACCAAACCUGUUCCAUGGGUGGAAAAAUAUCGCCCAAAAUGUGUGGAUGAAGUUGCUUUCCAGGAAGAAGUAGUUGCAGUGCUGAAAAAGUCUUUAGAAGGUGCUGAUCUCCCUAAUCUCUUGUUUUAUGGGCCACCUGGAACUGGAAAAACAUCCACCAUUUUGGCAGCAGCUAGGGAGCUUUUUGGGCCUGAACUUUUUCGAUUAAGAGUUCUUGAGUUAAAUGCAUCCGAUGAACGUGGAAUACAAGUAGUUAGAGAAAAAGUGAAGAAUUUUGCUCAAUUAACUGUGUCAGGAAGUCGUUCAGAUGGGAAGCCAUGUCCUCCUUUUAAGAUUGUGAUUCUGGAUGAGGCAGAUUCUAUGACCUCAGCUGCUCAGGCAGCUUUACGACGUACCAUGGAGAAGGAGUCUAAAACCACACGAUUCUGUCUCAUCUGUAACUAUGUCAGUCGAAUAAUUGAACCUCUGACGUCUAGAUGUUCUAAAUUCCGAUUCAAACCACUGUCAGAUAAAAUUCAACAGCAGCGAUUACUAGACAUUGCUGAUAAAGAACAUGUCAGAAUUAGCAAUGAGGGAAUAGCUUGUCUUGUUAAAGUGUCAGAAGGAGAUUUAAGAAAAGCCAUUACAUUUCUUCAAAGUGCUACCCGAUUAACAGGUGGAAAGGAGAUCACAGAGAAGGUGAUCACAGACAUUGCUGGGGUAAUACCAGCUGGGACAAUUGAUGGAAUAUUUGCUGCGUGUCAGAGUGGGUCUUUUGAUAAACUAGAAGCUGUGGUAAAAGACUUAAUUGAUGAGGGCCAUGCAGCAACUCAGCUUGUAAAUCAAUUUCAUGAUGUGGUCGUAGAAAAUGAUAACCUUUCUGAUAAACAGAAAUCCAUUAUCACAGAAAAACUUGCUGAAGUAGAUAAAUGCUUAGCAGAUGGUGCUGAUGAACAUCUACAACUCAUCAGCCUCUGUGCAACGGUGAUGCAGCAGUUAACUCAGAAUUGCUGAAAGGAUCAUUUUUCUAAGAUACAAUUUUGUAAGCUACUCAAGUUUAAGUAUGAUCUGAUAAAAAUAAAAUGACCAAAGCACCUUUAAAGUGAAUAUACAAUUUAUUUAACAUUCAAACUUCAUUAAGACAUGUGCAAUAUGGCAAUUUUACUGGGGAUUUAACCCUACCUAGGAUAUGAUUGCUUGCUGGGGCUUAGCAACAGGGUCCAGUUCACACUUAGCACUAAUUAAAUACUUU